AUGGAUAACUCCGAUAGUGACUCGAGUUCAACAUCAGGAGAAAAUGUGAAGGUAUCAAUGAAGAUUCCAAAAUUCAACGGAGAAAACUUUUCGAUCUGGGAAAGGAAGGUACAAAUGUACUUGCAAGAACUUGACCUACUGGAAUUCAUCGAGCUCCCGUUACGGCCAGACGUCGGCAGAAAAACCAAGAAGAAAGCUUUUCGAACGGCUAACAUUCUGUGUAACAAUCUUACCGAUGAAGUUUUCAACACCGUCGUCACCAAUCCAUUAGGGACUUGUGGGGACACGGGGAAGAACCACGUACGGUUCAUGCCGAACGGGCUGCUGCGUACGGCUGCCGCGCACGGGUGGCCGGGACUCGCCGCCCUUCCGUCAAUGCACAGUGAUGCUUCUCUUAGGUGCUCACAUGUUCGGCGUUUCUUAGGAGAAACGCCUAGGGAAACCCGGAGACCAGGGAGUGGUCUCCCAAGCUUCCCGUGUGUGGGUCUGGGGGGAGAGGGUCUCAAAGGUUGA